AUGAGUAUCGUAGAAAAACAUCUCUCAUCACGCGGUCAUCAAUGUCUAAUAUAUGCGGACGAUCUGGUUAUUUUUACUUCAAACAAACUUCUUAAUCUCGCUAUCGAAAACCUUAACCUUGCCCUCAAAGAUCUAAGUGAAAUCCUUAUAAAAGUCUCCUUUGAAAUUGCUCCGGAAAAAUCAAAAUCUGUCAUAUUCACCCGACGUAGGUACGUAAAUCACCCUGAUAUACUUAUCGACGAUAUUAUUAUACCAAUCGUUCCAAAUGUGACCUACUUAGGCAUCACUCUAGACUCCAAACUUCGUUGGUUUCCGCAUAUUAAUUCACUUACAUCAUUCGUCUCUCGAUGGUCUAAUUUUCUCAGAACGGUUACCGGUACUUGGUGGGGCCCACAUCCUUCUAGUCUUCUAUCUAUCUACCUUUCAAUCAUACGCUCCAAACUUGACUAUGGUUGUUUCCUUUAUGAUUCAGCUUCCUACUCUAUCUGGAAAAAAAUUAAUAAACACCAAACUUCUUGUCUUAGGAACAUUAUGGGAUACGUUAGGUCCACUCCUCGUCCGGCCAUUGAGGUAGAGACUUUAUGCCCUCCAUUCAAUGUCAGGUGCAGGUGGCUUGCGGGAAAAUUUCUUUUGAAAUCAUUAUCCCAUACCGAUCAUUACAUAUUUGAUACUUUUUACUCACUAUAUCUCAAUUGGCGCUACGUUCCUAAGACUAUGCCUGUUUUGUCUGAUAUUGCUAAUGUAUUAUCUGUUUUCCACCAUUACGUCAUGAGAUCUGACAAACCCCCAAUUUAUAAUCAAUCCUACGAUUCUCUUCUUUAUUUUCCUCCCGUUCAUUUGUGUAAUCUAUUUUCCGAUUUGUCCUCCAAUGACUUUAAAAAAAUGUCACACUGUAUGGUAAAUGCAGCUUUUUCGAAUCAUCUUUUUGUUAACUUCCCCAAUUUUAUUGUUGUCUAUACAGAUGGUUCUGUCUCUCCUUUUUCUGCUGGUUAUGCAUUUUAUAUUCCAGAGUUACGUGUUUCUUUUUCAAAUAAUCUCCCCUCUUCGUCUUCCUCCUUUACAGCCGAGUGCUACGCCAUCUUUGAUGCUUUAACACUCAUUUUUAACUUGGCUCCUAACAAAUAUCUAAUAGCUUCCGACUCCAUGUCAUGUCUUCAAGCCCUAAACUCAAACCCUCUACGCUCUAAAUUAUCCCCACUUGUUCAACGUAUAAAAUUACUUAUUUUCAAUCUUAAUUCUUUAAACUAUACUAUACAUUUCAUAUGGAUUCCCGGUCAUACCGGCAUUCAUGGCAAUGAGUUUGUCGACAAUCUUGCUAAAUCCACAUCUAAUAUUAUCCUCCCAUCUGUUACUCUACUUCCGCACUCUGACUUUACUCCUUUUAUUAAACGUUACACAACCAAUCUAUGGUCUUCAUACUGGAAUAAUUUACCUGGUAACUUUGCGUCUAGGUAUAGAGACAUUACUCCUAAUAUUCUUAACAAUAUCUGGUUCAGCAAGUUUGGAGGCUUGACUGAAGGGAGCGUCCAUUGA